CGGGCGCAGAGCAGUCGGCCCCGAGCCCCUGGCGGCGCGCGACCACGCCACGCGAGCGCAUGACUCACCAUGAACGAGUACGUCGAGUACGACUGGAGGCUCCACCAGGUGCAAAACGAGCUGCUGUGUGACGUGUCCCGCAAGCGGCUCACCGAUGGUGACAAACAGCGGGCCCUCGACGGCCUGAAAGAAGCCGUAGAUUCAAGUCUCAACUUAGCCCUACGUGACAAGAGCCGCUGCCAGGACGACGCCUUCCUGCGCCGGUUUCUGUACGCGCGGAAACACGAUGUGCAACAAAGUUUCGAGUUGCUUGUGCGGUAUCACCAAUACAGACGCGAGCACCCCGAGCUGUGGGCGCCGGCGGACGGCGGCGUGUUGCGUGCCCUCGCCGACGGGCUGCCCGGCGUGCUGGCCCAGCGCGACCGGCGCGGCCGCGCCGUGCUUCUCAUGUUCGCCUCCAACUGGACCCCGCAAGCCUGCCCUCUCAUGGCCGUCUACCGAGCGCUCCUCCUCACCCUCGAACGUACCCUUCAAGACGUGCAAAAUCAAACCAACGGAUACGUAAUAAUUGUGGAUUGGACCGAAUUUACGUUUAAGCAAUCGUGUAGUUUACAAGCCAAAGUGAUGAAACUUAUGAUCGACUGUCUUCAAGAUUGUAUGCCAGUGAGGUUCAAGAGCAUACAUUUCAUCGGUCAACCUUGGUACGUUGAGACGGCGCUCGCUGUCAUAAAACCCUAUCUGAGGGCGAAAACGCGCGAGCGCAUCGUGUUACACGGCAAUAAUUUAUCGACGUUGCACGACGCACUGCCGCUCGACAUACUGCCCGCUGAGCUGGGCGGAGAAGGACCCUCGUACAACUCCGAGCGAUGGCUGAACGAGUUUUAUCGUGCCGAAAGUAAAGACAACCCCGACGCGCCACCUGUUCCCCUGUCGAUAAAGACUGCAGCACCUCCUGAGGACGACCCACCCUCUGCGAAACUCGACAAAGCGUAUAAGCAAAAGGACAAUCCAAAAUCACUUAAUGGCAAUGAAAAAAGUGCUAAGUCAGAAUUGUUGCGUGAUAAGGACUGACCGUUUGGCGUGCAACGGUCGCGUCGUUAACAAUGGACAGCUGUCUGCGCACGCCGUGAGCGCCGAUGCGCUCGCGAGCAUGCAAUUGUGAUAUCGAUUGUAUUAAUGCUAAUUUAUUGUCUAGAGAUUACUAAGAACAGUCCAGAGUAAAACGCCUCAUUAGAAAGUUCGAAUAUAAUUAAGGUGCAUUUACGUUAAUGAUGUAUGUACAUGUGCUGGAAGGCCGGAGCGAUGAUUCAUUCACACCUUGUUUUUGAUCGUGAUAUUUAAUUGGAAUCGAUAGUUUCGGUUCGUGUUAAUUGAAUUGGCAAGCCGGUGCGGCGGAUGCAAGGCGGCGGCGGCGGGCGCGGGCAGUGUUACUUACCCCGCGCUGCGCUUGCGUGGUGCGCGUCAGGCACAGCGCAGGCGGCAUAUAACGGUGCCGAGCUCUCGUUUUGACGCAUCCGCUGCCAUUUGGCUUUGGCGCUGAAUUCCUCGCUUCGAAUAUUUUUUGCAGGUUUCACUGUAGUUUAACAUUUUAUUUAUUCGACUAAUCAGUACUUCGUAAUGUCAGAUAUCUCAUUAUGUUAAUAUUUAAUUUUCUGUCUAGUUAAGAACACGCAUUUUAGAAAUAUGUACGAUUCUAGAUAUUUAUCCACGCUUUGGUCAUGUGAGGCUUAUUGCGCAUUUACUAUUAUGUUUUAAGUUAUAGUAGGUACAUUUACCUAUAUAUGUGUAAGUAUAGCGUAUGGUAUGCGAGGCGAAGUCUGCGAGGUAAAAAUGUGAUGUGAUAACAUAUUAAAUAUAUUAAUAACGGGUCACUCACACACGUGAGUGACCCGUUUUUAAUAUAUUUAAUAUGUCUGUGUCUCACGGAAGUUUUGAUGUGAUAACACUGAUAACUUUCGAGACAGUAUUAAUUUAAUACACCUACUUAAGGAUGACUCACGCUAAACCGGGCCGGAGCUUCCGGCGCUUCGUUUUCUAUGGAAAGCACCACGUGACCACGGAUCAGUCGUCAUAGAAAAUGACAUGUCGGACGCCUCGGCCCGGGCCCGGCCCGGUCUAGCGUGAGUCAUCCUUUAUUCUCUUUAAUUCCGGUAACGGAUCCAUCAUACAUGUAGAAAUUAUGGCUACCUCUCGAAUAUUUCAAAACAAGCUCUCUUACCUAGCCUCUUACUGAAACAAUUGUAUAUAAAACAAUGUGUAGCGUCGCUAGAAGUGUUUUCCAGAGCGCUACACUGCUUUUAUUAAGCCGAAAAGACUUAUGAGUGUUGAAAGGAUGAAUAUCUAUGCCUUUUGGCAUUUGUAAGGUAUUACGCGUCUUUAACAAUAGCCUAAGCCGCUUGUGUCUGACAUGACUGUAAAUACCCACUCAGCUGAGACAGUUGCUUUAAAUAUGGUAUCAAGUGAAAUAAAUGUAUUACACAAUA